UUGCCGGCGAUGGCGGAGAGCCUGGAGGAGGCCGUGCCGUGCGGCUUCUCGCUGCUGCUGCCCGCGCGGCCGCUGGCGAGGCUCUCCGAGUACGCGGCGGUUCCCCAGCGGCUCGCGGCCUUCCACGGCGAGGUGGUGCCGCUGGUGUUCGUCGUGCGCUACGCGGGCCGGCGGCGGCGGCGCCGGCGGGGCGGCGGCGAGCCUCGGGCCGCCGCGGCGGCGGCCGCGGCAGCGGCCGCGGCGGCGGCGGAGGGAAGGGAGUCAAGCGACCCGGUGGGAGGUCCCCUCGGGAGGGACGCGGAGGGUGGCGACGAGGUGACGGUGGACGAUGACGAGGAGAAGGAGGAGAAGGAGGAGAAGGAGGAGGACGAGGAGGAGGAGGACGAGGAGGAGGAGGAGGAGGACGCCGCCCUCCGAGCCGUCUGGAGCCGGAUCUCGCCGGAGCUCCGAGCGUCCGCCGGGGUGACGUCGUCGCGAGCCGACCGGCGGGACGGCACGGGCGGGGGAGGCGGAGGGGCGGCGGAGGAAGACGGCCAAGUG